AAUGUUUCCAACAUGUCUGUGCAGUCACUGCUUAAUGAAAGAAUUGCCAUCGCCAAAGAAUUGAUCGAGAGAGCAGAAGCCCUUUCCAAGUCCCAGAAAAGGAGAAUAGAAGGUGGGGCAAAACUCUGUGGCAAACUGAAGGCUGAGCUCAACUUCUUGCGCAAGGUGGAGGCGGGGAAGGUGGCCAUCAAGGAAUCCCACCUGCAGAGUACAAACCUUACCCAUCUCCAAGCCAUUGUUCAGUCAGCAGAGAACCUGGAGGAUGUUGUCAGCGUCCUCCAUGUCUUUGCCUACGAGGACAGGUUUGGGGAAAAACAAACCCUGGUGGUAGAUGUUGUGGCCAAUGGAGGUCACACGUGGGUGAAGGCCAUUGGUCGGAAAGCAGAGGCCCUGCAUAACAUCUGGCUGGGGAGGGGCCAGUAUGGCGACAAGAGCGUUAUUGAGCAGGCAGAGGACUUCCUGCAGGCGAGCCGUCAGCAGCCGGUGGAGUACAGCAACCCCCACAUCAUCUUCGCCUUCUACAACAGCGUGUCCAGUCCUAUGGCAGAGACACUCAAGGAGAUGGGAAUAUCUGUGCGAGGGGACAUCGUGGCUGUGAACUCAAUGGCAGAACCCUCUGCGGAAAACCAGCACCUUAGUGCCGGUGAAUCAGACGAAGAAGGCCCUGAACUCCUGCAGGUGACCAGAGUAGACCGGGAGAAUUUGGUGGCCAGCAUUGCUUUUCCUACCCAGAUCAAAGUAAACGUGUGCAAUAGAGUUAACCUGGACAUCACUACCUUAAUAACCUAUGUCUCUGCCCUCAGCUAUGGUGGCUGCUACUUCAUCUUCAAAGAAAAAGUGCUGACAGAGCAAGCAGCUCAGGAAAGGAGAGAGAGAGUCCUGCCUCAGCUGGAGGAGUUCAUGGAGGGGAAGGAGCUCUUUGCCUGUGAAUCUGCUGUCCGAGAUUUCCAGUCCAUCUUGGAAACGCUGGGAGGGCCUGGGGAGAAGGAGCGAGCUGCGUUGCUGGUGAAGAGGAUUCACGUGGUGCCAGAUCAGCCGUCUGACCGUGCCUUGGGACUGGUGGCUAGUUCUAAAAUCAACAGCCGCUCUUUAACCAUUUUUGGGACAGGAGACACGUUAAAAGCCAUCACUAUGACUGCAAAUAGUGGUUUUGUGAGGGCAGCAGCUAACCAAGGGGUCAAGUUCAGUGUUUUUGUCCAUCAGCCGCGAGCACUGACAGAAAGCAAAGAGUCUGUUGCCACACCUUUACCAAAGAGCUGCCCACCUGAUAAUGGACUCUGAGUCAUUAAAUGAGUCACCGUUGAAGUAUUGCAGGUGCUGCAAGUACAGGCAUUUGGAGAAAUAAGAG